AUGGCCCUGACAUUUGGCAAUGAAGAGCUCGCUUGGACAACGAAGCUCUGCUUGUUACUUGUGUCGUCUGGUGUCGGAAUUCUUGCUGCGCUCGUCAUCGCAAUCACUCCAUAUUCCUGGGCCAGCUUCCGGCCGAAGAACUUCCCACCAGGUCCCAAACCAGUUCCCUUUCUUGGAAACCUGAAUCUGAUUCCUGCUUCAAAGUCAUUUGCACUCUUUCACCAGUGGACACAGAAGUACGGCCCUAUAAUUGGUCUCAAAUUCGGGCCAGCAAAUGUUGUAGUUUUGAAUCAUUGGAAGGAUGCUCAGGAACUUCUCGAGAAGCGAAGCGCAAUCUACUCAUCGCGACCUCCGAACUACAUUGCCAACGAGCUCAUCUGCAAAAGACAAACACACAUCCUCUUCACUCCCUACGGAAGUGAAUUCAAAGCUCUCCGCAAAUCUACACAGGGCCUUUUCGCGCCUCGUGAGCUCGCAGCUGUACUCCCGGUUCAACAGGCAGAGGCUGCCCAGACAACAUACGACAUUCUCCGCGAAUCGGGCCAAUAUUACGAGCACAUCCAGCGAUAUACCACUGCAGUGAUUCUAGCAUCUGUUUAUGGUCAAAGAGGGGAGACUUUCGAUUCCCCAAACAUUCAAGCUCUCUACGAUGUCCAGAAUCGAUUCACGGCGCUUUUGGAGCCUGGUGCUGCCCCGCCUGUUGACGGAAUUACUUUUUUAAAGCAUAUUCCGGAGUUCCUGGCUCCGUGGAAACAAAAGGCUAGGAAGAUAAGACGUGAUCAACGCGAAAUAUACUUCAGACUCUACAACGGAACCAAAGAGCGAAUGGGUCGAGGGAUUAGAGUCGGUUGUUUCAUGGAAAGACUCAUCGACGACCAGGUGAAGAACAACAUGGAUGAUGAACAUACGGCAUACCUUGGCGGAGUUUUUAUGGAAGCUGGCUCGGAUACGACGUCAUCUACGCUCUUGUCGUUCCUCCUUGGUGUGGUUGAGAAUCCAGUCGCACUGAAACGUGCCCAGGAAGAUGUGGAUCGGGUUUGCGGCAUGGAACGUUCCCCCACUUUAGAUGAUCUGGAAAGACUACCGUAUAUUGAAAGUUGCAUGCAUGAGAUUCUUCGCUGGAGACCCGUUGCAGCAGGUGGAAUACCACACAUGCUCACGCAAGAAGACUCCUAUAAAGGCUAUCACUUCCCCGCAGGAACCAUUUUCUUCGCUAAUACCUGGGCCAUUCACCAUGACGAAAACGAAUAUGACGACCCGGGUACUUUCAAUCCCGAUCGCUGGCUCGGAGGCAACACAUACGGAACUAAAGACAGCAUCAAGAUGGCACCAAAUGAACAGCGUAAAACGGCUUAUGGCUGGGGCGCCGGACGAAGAAUUUGCCCUGGCCAGAAACUUGCGGAGACUUCGUUGAAAAUCAAUAUUGCAAAGCUGGUCUGGGCAUUUGAUAUCGAGCGAGAUGUAUCUGCCAGUUCGCCAGACAUAUCUGUCGACUCGGGUUAUGAGGGAGGAUUCUUGAUUUGUCCUAAGAAAUUCCCUCUCAGAAUCACGGCAAGGAGUGAGGCUCAUGCAGCUAUCAUUCAGCGUGAAUUUGAAGGGAUGAAGGACUUUUAUGCGCGCUUGGCUACUUAA